UUUUUCAGCUGUUUCCUUUCCUAUCCUAUGAGCUUUGAAUCAAAUUUUACUUGCCAGUAUCAAUUUGAUGAUGUCAGUUCCGAACUUUUGAACGCACUCCAGUUAUCACUCUAGUCUAGUUUGUUAUCAUCAUUCGUUCUAGUUGAUAAAAUUUUAAUUUCAAAUUGGCGUUUGAAAAUUUCGAUUUUCGUUGCUAAUUUCUACGUCUCAAUUUCAUCGGAUUGGAAAUAUUAUUCCAUGAUCGUGAAUUUAAAAUGACCGAAAACGAUGACAGCGAUUUCUUGUAUCGUCUGGGUACCAUAACCACAUUCGAUGAAGCCAGCUCAGAAGGUAGUGUAGCUGUCGAGGAAGAAGAAGACGGAGGAUUAUUCUCACCGUCGAGUAUUUUAAUCGAGUCACUCAUCGAACAGAUUUGCUCGUUUCUUGAAAAAGAUACAGAAAGUCGGAAAAAUUUAUACUUUAGUAUAUGUCAAAAAUUGAACGAAUUGAACCUUAUUGAUAAGUCGUAUAUGAUAGAAGAUUUCAAUUAUAUUCGAAACUAUUACCGUAAAGAAUUAUAUCGUUUGGUUACCGUUGUAAAAUCUGUACCACCAGUACAAGUUGUUCAAAAUGUUCACGUUGCUUCUCCUACCGUCGCAGUUCCGAAUAAUCGUAAUCAAGAAUUUGGUCAUUUAUUCGAAUGGUCUCGUUAUUCCAACGAAUUCAUCGAAUUGGAGUUCAUCGCUAGAGGUGGAUUUGGUGAAGUAGUCAAAGCCAAGAAUAAAUUGGAUGCCAGCGUAUACGCCAUUAAAAAAAUAUGUCUAAAAUACUGUAGCGUUAAUGGAUUUAUUAGAGGUUUAUCCGAGGUUCAGAUGUUGGCCAAGUUAAACCAUCCUAAUAUAGUAUCGUAUAAAGCUGCGUGGCUGGAACCACUAAUCACUGUGAGAAGUCUUUCCAAAGAGUCGAGAGCUCUGUGUGACGCACCAACUGCAGAGUCCGGAGAGAACGAUUCCAGCGAUAUUGUAUUUUUACACUCGACGCAAAGUAAAAGUAAAACAGCUCCACCGAGUACUAGCCAAAGUGCUUGUUCCAGCAAUGAUGUUCCUACCAAAGCGGUCGUUGGCAGUAAAUUUUUCAACGAGCAUAUGAACAACGAAUUACUCUAUUUAAAAAAUGAAAAAAAUCAUUACGAGCAUAACUGUGGACAGGAAUGGGCAGUAUUGUUUAUACAAAUGCAGCUCUGUAAUCAAACCUUGAAGCAAUGGCUUGAUACGAGAAACACGACUGCAAAUUCUUCGGUAAAUGUGCCUCAAAGUAUGUAUAUAUUUACCCAAGUCAUCAAAGGAAUUGAAUUCAUACAUUCGAAAGGAAUCGUCCAUCAUGAUGUAAAACCGAAUAAUAUAUUCAUAAGUAAAGACGAAAAAGAAAUACAAAUCGGAGAUUUCGGAUUAUCUUGUUGUUUACUUCAUGACGCUUGCCCUGAACGACCCCACGUUAACACGUUCUUUCGUAACUGCCCAGUUAGCGUAAUUCACCAACCAGGAGCAAUAGGUACCAAAUUAUACGCUGCUCCUGAACAGCUCGAAGGUGUUUGUAAUCCAAAAAAUGAUUUGUACAGUUUGGGAAUUAUAUUAUUCGAAUUGAUGUACGUUUUUCAUACCGAUAUGGAAAGGAUACAAGAAAUCAACGAACUGAGAAAAGGAAACUUACCUAAAGACUUCGUCGAAAACUUUCCUCAUAUAGCUCAACUGAUCCAAAGUUUAGUCAACCAAAACGCCAAUACUCGACCUACCGCCGCCGACCUACUCAACCAAGUAUUAGAAAUGAGUGAUAGUAAAGAUACCAACGAUGAAAAGGAUCAAACCAUCAAACGUCUUCAACAAGAGUUGAGUUUUAAAGAUGAAUUAAUCGCCGUUCUCGCCGAGAAAUUAUCAACACUCGAGAUGCUCUCGAAAAAUAGUCAAGUAGUUCCUAACAAGGACGAAAGUUCUACUGAGAGUGGCAUUGGCAAGUCUUCGUGAAUUUUACCGGUUAAAUGUUCACCAUUUUGAGUCACAUGUUAUAGUAUUUUUUUUACAAUGUGAAUUGUUUUUUUUGUGAUAUUAAUGUUAGGCAUAUAUAAUUUUAUGAAUCAAACAGUUCUGAGUUUUUUUUUUGUUGCGAGGAGAAAAAUUAGUGAUAUGAAAAUUUUCUGGUUUAAAAAUUGAAUGUAAAAUGAUAAUUUAUUCGUUCACAUUCCUGCUACCUACUGUUAUUGAUGAAAUAUAAUUGCGAAUUUUCACUCCGAUAUUUCUUGCCGAAUUAUUGAAUGAUUGUGCUUACUCGACACCUGUACUUGACUAGUAUUUUAUUUUAUACGUUUAGUAUCCUAUACUUUGUCUACGAAAACUGCUGGAAUUUCAUACUCGUAAUUUAAGACCAAUUCGUUAUUUUGUGUCAAGAUUCCAAUACAUUUUCUUUAAAUGCUUAA